GCGAGCCCACAGUGCGGAGCGAGCGCCUCAAAUGCUCGGGUUUCUCAGCUGAUUGUCUCCAGCCGAGAGUUGUUUUUUGCAGCUACGGAGCCGAGCCGCAGCAGGAGGAGCCGAGACCCCCGAGGGGUGGGGGGAAAGAGGAGGCGGGGUCGGGGGGAGCCGCGGCUGCUCUGCGCGGGACUCCGGGUCCCGUCACGGCGCUUCCUGGGGUUAGAGGCUGGGGUGGGUGGGGGGUAAGGGGGCAGUCCUUCUCCCCUUCGACGGCGGCUCCGAGUCCAGCCCCUUCCUUCCCGCGCUCGCUCGCCCGGCCCCCAGCCCCCUCAUGAGGGUGUCCGUGCCGGGUCCGGCGGCCGCUGCGGCCCCCGCGGCCGGCCGCGAGCCCUCCACGCCCGGCGGGGGCGGCGGAGGCGGAGGCGCCGUCGCUGCAGCCUCAGGCGCCGCGGUGCCGGGCUCCGUGCAAUUGGCGCUGAGCGUCCUGCACGCCCUGCUCUACGCCGCGCUGUUCGCCUUUGCCUACCUGCAGCUGUGGCGGCUGCUCCUGUACCGCGAGCGGCGGCUGAGUUACCAGAGCCUCUGCCUCUUCCUCUGUCUCCUGUGGGCAGCGCUCAGGACCACCCUCUUCUCUGCCGCCUUCUCGCUCAGCGGCUCCCUGCCCUUGCUCCGGCCGCCCGCUCACCUGCACUUCUUCCCCCACUGGCUGCUCUACUGCUUCCCCUCCUGUCUCCAGUUCUCCACGCUCUGUCUCCUCAACCUCUACCUGGCGGAGGUUAUAUGUAAAGUCAGAUGUGCCACUGAACUUGACAGACACAAAGUUCUACUGCAUUUCGGCUUUAUAAUGGCGAGCCUGCUCUUUUUAGUGGUGAACUUGACUUGUGCAAUGCUAGUUCAUGGAGAUGUCCCAGAAAAUCAGUUGAAAUGGACUGUGUUUGUUCGAGCAUUAAUUAAUGAUAGCCUGUUUAUUCUUUGUGCCAUCUCUUUAGUUAGUUACAUAUGCAAAAUUACAAAAAUGUCAUCAGCAAAUGUCUACCUCGAAUCAAAGGGUAUGUCUCUGUGCCAGACUGUCGUCGUGGGCUCUGUAGUCAUUCUUCUGUACUCUUCCAGAGCUUGUUAUAAUUUGGUGGUGGUCACCAUAUCUCAGGAUACAUUAGAAAGUCCAUUUAAUUAUGGCUGGGAUAAUCUUUCAGAUAAGGCUCAUGUAGAAGACAUAAGUGGAGAAGAGUAUAUAGUAUUUGGAAUGGUCCUCUUUCUGUGGGAACACGUGCCAGCAUGGUCGGUGGUACUGUUUUUCCGGGCACAGAGAUUAAACCAGAAUUUGGCACCUGCUGGCAUGAUAAAUAGUCACAGUUACAGUUCCAGAGCUUACUUUUUCGACAAUCCAAGACGAUAUGAUAGUGAUGAUGACCUGCCAAGACUGGGAAGUUCAAGAGAAGGAAGUUUACCAAAUUCGCAAAGUUUGGGCUGGUAUGGCACCAUGACUGGGUGUGGCAGCAGCAGUUACACAGUCACUCCCCACCUGAACGGACCUAUGACAGAUACUGCUCCUUUGCUCUUUACUUGUAGUAAUUUAGAUUUGAACAAUCAUCAUAGCUUAUAUGUGACACCACAAAACUGACAGCAUCACCAAGUCAUGAUUCUUGAGUUGUUUUUCAUAAAUGUGUAUAUUCGAUGUGUUUAAAUUCCAUCUACAUAAACAUUCCAUUAUCUGUUGCAACUGAAAACAAAAUCUAGAAGUGUGGCUGUGUUUGGUAAAGAACACAGCUAUUAUUUUUGACCUUUUCAUAGUAAAAUGAAGUAAAACGGAAAGUUUGGAGUAGGAGAAAAGAGAGAUUAGAUCUUAAGGCACUUGAUGGCCUCCAAAAAUCCUGACUUUGGAACAUCAAAUGCAUGUGUGCACUUUUAUCUUUGUUCUGAAAGAGUCACUGCAGUCCCCAAAGUCAUAUGCCAAUGUUCACACUGGAAUACUAUAUUGUACACCGAACUGGAAGGCAGUUUUCCUAUGAAAAUCAAAGCCUGUAUAUUCAUUGGUAUGCUCUAUAUGGAAAUCUUAAUAAAAAUUUUAUAGUGUGAACAGUGCAGAGUUAAGGCAUAAAAAUGUUUCACUCUCUAUAAAAAUCUACUGAAAAUGUGUAAUCUUUGAAGACAGUUCUUUUAAGCAUGAUUUUAAAAUAGCGACUGAAAUUCAAUCAUUUUAAACAAAUGAUAGUAGUAAUCCAUUAGUUAUGGCCAGCAGUGUUCUUUGGAGGCCACAAUAAUUUCAAGAGGAAAAUAUACCAGUGAAAAUGGUGUGGCUAUUUUGAGUAGAAUUGGUCAGUUGAUUAUUUUGUAUAAUUGAGAUAUAUGUGGUAGUUUAAGCAUGAUUCUUCAAGAAAGCAAUAGUGACUUUUGCAUAGGGAGAUUUUGGUAGAAACUUCUUGGGACUAAACAAGUUUAGAGAUGCAUUUAAGAAUUAUUCACAAAAUGUAUUAAAUUAAAACAAAUAUAUUUUCAAAAGCAUUUGAUUUCUCUGAAGCAUGAUAUAGCAGUGAAUCAGGAUUGUCCUCAGGUAAAUGAAAUCAUGAUACAUUAUUGCAGUGAACUCAAGUGCAAUACUUUGUGAGACAUAUAAUUCCUCCUAUGAUUUUCACAUUUGUAUAUCUUGUAUAUGGGAAAAGCCAAAUUAAAUUGAAUUCAAAUUAAUUCCAGCAUUAGACUAAAUGAGCAAAUUUAAGUAAAUGUACAAACUAGGUAAGUAUAAAACCACAGGUUAACAAUAUUGGAGUACUUUUAGAAUUACAUUAAAACUGUCUUAAAUGUCCUAUCCCAAAUCUUAAAAAGAAGAAAAUGGUAGGCUAAGAUAAUACAGAAUUUUAAAAUGCACUUUGUACCAGUGUCUAUAUGGAAAGAAGUAGAUGCUGAAUACCUCAAGAUGCCAAGGGAACAAGCAACAUUGGGAAGUUGUCACAACAUGCUCAAAGACUAACUACAAUUGUCUGCUAUCUAUUUCUUCAGAACUGAAACUAAUACGAGUAUCCUUUUCUGUUUUAUACUUUGAUUAGAAUGUUAUUUCCUCCCAAGUAGCUGAGACGGAGGCUGAGGCGGGAGAAUGGCGUGAACCCGGGAGGCGGAGCUUGCAGUGAGCCGAGAUCACGCCACUGCACUCCAGCCUGGGAGACACAGCGAGACUCCGUCUCAAAAAAAAAAAAAAAAAAAAAAAAAAAUGUUAUUUCCUCUCUUACUUAAAAUGUAUUUCAACUUUUUAACAACUGAUACUAUAACUUCACAAAAGUAAAACACUAGGUUGAAACCCUAAGGAAAAACUGAAAUUGUUAAUGCUUUCCAUCUUUUGGGAGGCAAGUACAGAGACAAAUAAAUUUCUUCUUUUUAUGAUACAAAAUGACUUUGUAUUCAAUCAGAAGCAUAUACUUACUUACAUUAUUUUGGGUUUGUUUGUAAGUUCUCUUAUUGUAACCAAGUUAUUUAAAAUUGUAUAAUAUAAAAAGUUAACCGUGGUAUUAAGUGACAAAAGCGUAUUUUUAUUACAACUUCAGUUGUUAGAUUUCUUCUCAGAAUGCCAACUGUUUAUUUUGCUAAUAAUGUUAGGUAUCUAACAUUAGAUAGAGCUGUCUGAAAAGAUACAUUGUCUUCGUUAAUCCUUGGGGUUCAAGGUGAUGACGUUUUUCUGGUAAGGUUCCCCUUGAUAAUGUUCCUAUUUAACCAAACUAAAAAAGAUUACUUUUUAAAAAUUUCUCAGAAAAAAUAACUUGGUUCUUUCUGCUGCAUUAGUUGAUUGUUCCAAAUUUGAGAUUUGUAAGUUUAUUCUUAUCACUGACUAGGGUACCCAAAUUCUUGCAUUUGUCUCCUUAUACACAUCUAACACAUCACCAAAGACAAAUAAAGAUACACUCUGGCCCAAUCUUUGCUUAAAAAUUCCAAAGCACUAGGAGCACUUUAAGUUUGGUCUCGAAAGUUGUUUAUAAAAUCAAAGGGCUACCGAUUCCCUGUUCAUCCUGCACUGAAGCACAUGAUGACAAUAUCAAACCUUCAUUUUUGUUCAUUAAAAAGUGAAUUUCGUUACUUACGUGUGUAAUUCUAUAGUGAUUAGCAGUAUUUGUUUUCAUCAUUUCACUUGGGUGGCCAUUAAUUUUGAAACUUUUACCACUCAUUGUAGUUGGUUGUAGUUUUAUGGAAAAUGUAAUUUAUAGCUAAAGUGGCUUUUUUAUGCAUAGCUGCCUUUUUUAUUGUUUAACAGUGUUUCUCAGCUAUAUAAUCAGUUUCAAACUGGUUGUAAAAGUAUAGCUGUGGCCAAUGAAUGUAUUUAUUUGUUGUUUCACUAAAUUGUAACAAAACACUACUAUUGAAAAUAAAAGUGUUUGUGCUUUUA